AUGCCCCACCCCCAGGAGCCAGCAGCAUUUUGGGACUGGAGGCAUCUGGACAUGUGGCCGAGCUGGUGCCAGAUGUUGGGCACUGGAAGCCUGGAGACUCAGCCGUGGCUCUGCUACCUGGUGGGGGCCAGGCUUAGAAAUGCUCAGGCCGGAGAGUCUGUGCUAAUCCAUCUGGGUUCAAGUGGUGUGGGCACAGCUGCCAUCCAACUCACUCAGAUGGCUGGAGCUAUUCCUCUGGUCAUGGCUGGCUCGCAGCACAAGCUUCCAAUGGCAGAAAAGCUUGGAGCAGCUGCUGGAUUCAAUUACAAAGAAGAGGACUUUUCUGAAGCAACGCUGAAAUUCACCAAAGGUGUUGGAGUCAACCUUAUUCUAGACUGUAUAGGUGGAUCCUACUGGGAGAAGAAUGUCAACUGCCUGGCUCUUGAUGGUCGCCAGGUUCUCUAUGGUCUGUUGGGAGGAGCUAACAUCAGUGGGCCUCUGUUGCCAAAGCUACUUUUUAAAAGAGGAAGUCUAAUCACCAGUCUGCUAAGAUCUAGAGACAAACAGUAUAAGCAAAUGCUGGUGAAGGCUUUCACGGAACAAGUUCUGCCUCACUUCUCCACGGAGGACCGCCAACGUCUGCUGCCCGGUCUGGAUAUAGUCUACCCGGUGACUGAAAUCCAAGAGGCCCAUGUGUACAUGGAGAGUAACAAGAACGUGGGCAAAAUCGCCCUGAAGCUGCCCCAGUGAAGGCAGAGGGGGCAGUACAGGACACGGCCACCUCAGGCCUUCUCAGAGUAAACUUGAAGAAAAAUUCACAGGCAAGAGAUCCGGCGCUACUCCCAGACCCACCUCUAAACCACUGUCCCUUCUCAACUUGUCAACUGACCCAUAUUAAGCAGGUCUGAAGAAACAGAGGGUGGAGUUGAAGCGUGGUGUGCUCACAGGCAGCCCGCGCGAACUAGGGCUGACUGGCAGGAGUGAGGUGGGAGCUGGGACAGGUGACGGGGAUUACAGGAGAGGCCACCGAGGUGGGGGGCAGAGGGGGGGCUUGCCCCCAGGCACAAGUCCAAGAAGGCGUCAGACAUGGCACCCCCGGGAGCCACAAAUAAUGAAAGGCACCUGA